AUGUUCAGCUCUCUCCCACCACACCGCUAUAAAAGACAGCCCCAAAAUUGGAGGUCCGUUUGGCAGUCAGCUCCCUCUAAGCAAUCACUUUAUUACCCCACCCACCCACUCAAUCACCCAAUAGCAAAAAUACCCCAAACCAUGGAACAAGUGGAUCUGGUCAACGCCAACAUUUUGGCUGCGGGUGCCAACAAAAAAUCCGUAAGGGUCGUCAACGGACUCGGAAGUCUUAUGGGAUCGAAAAAUAUGGUGGACGUGGAUUUCGAUGCGGCCACCGCCGCCAGCGACUCCAACAUGGACUAUCUACUGAAACGCGACCAGGAGGAAAAAGACCGGUACAAGGCCAACCGCCACAUCUCAGAACAACCCUGGACUCUCAACAACUGGCACCAACACAUCAACUGGCUCAAUAUGGUGCUGGUGUGCGGGAUCCCCGCGGCCGGAUGGUAUUUUGCGCUCUCCGGACGGGCCCCUUUGACCCGCAACAUGCUGAUUUUCUCGCUAGUUUACUACGUUUUGGGCGGUGUCUCCAUCACAGCCGGCUACCACCGGCUGUGGGCGCACCGGGCCUAUUCGGCCCGGUGGCCGCUACGGCUGUUUUUCGCGUUUUUCGGCGCAGCUUCGGUAGAAGGCUCUAUCAAAUGGUGGGGACAUUCGCACCGUAUUCACCAUCGUUACACAGACACGUCUCGCGACCCCUACGACGCCCGUAAGGGACUUUGGUACUCGCAUAUGGGAUGGAUGCUUUUGCAGCCCAACCCUAAAUACCGUGCUAGAGCCGAUAUCGACGACUUGACCGCCGACUGGAUCGUUCGGUUCCAACACAGACACUACAUCCCAAUCAUGUUUUUCAGCGCAUUUGUGCUUCCUGCGUUGUUGGGCAAAUACUUGUUCAACGAUAUGUUGGGCGGGUUCAUCUACGCCGGGAUUUUGCGUUCGUUUUGCAUCCAACAGGCUACUUUCUGCAUCAACUCUCUGGCACAUUACUUGGGAGACCAACCGUUUGACGAUAGAAGAACGCCACGUGACAACUGGAUCACCGCGCUGGUCACGUUCGGCGAAGGCUACCACAAUUUCCACCAUGAGUUCCCAACAGACUACAGAAACGCUAUCAAAUGGUACCAAUACGACCCUACCAAAGUAUUUAUUUAUGUGUCGUCAGUGGUGGGUCUGGCUUUCAAUUUGAAGAAGUUCUCGCAAAACGCAAUCCAACAGGGCAUCGUGCAACAGCAGCAGAAGCGUAUCGACCGCCAGCGGUCAACGCUCAACUGGGGCACCCCGCUCACCAAGCUUCCAAUCUGGGACAAGUCCGAGUUUAUGGACCAUGUCAAAUCGAACCCGGGUUUGGUGGUCAUUUCCGGGAUUGUCCACGACGUUUCCGGCUACAUCACAGAGCAUCCUGGCGGUGAAACGUUGAUCCAAGCCGCUUUGGGCAAAGACGCCACUCGUGCAUUCAACGGUGGAGUCUACUUGCACUCUAACGCUGCUCACAACGUUUUGGCCACGAUGAGAGUCGCCGUGGUUAAGGAAGGCGUUGAUGCCGCUACGAAGUUCGCCGCCAGAAGAGGCGAAUCUAUCGAGGGUAAGAAACUGGUGUAG